CUAUGCACUAUGAUGCGUAGUUGUGCUGGUGGGUGAUAUAGCAGCCUGCUACAGUACAUCACCCAGCAGCGCAGUACAGUACGCUUCAUAUAAUAGUGCCGGAGGGUCAGUCAGUGGUGUCUGAGAGGAACCAGCGCUGCUAAAUUCCGGAGUAAUGGGGCAUGUAGCCUGGAGGAUGGCAGUCACACGCCCUCAUCAGUGCCUCCCACCCUACUCUAAGCAGAACAGAUACAUACAUGGGUAAUGUAUAGGUAAUCCGCUGCCUGUUUUCUGCCCCAGCACAGCACGCUCAGCACAGGAGUCCCAGACGCCAAAUGACGCCCAUAAGGGCAUAAUCAUCUGGUUAUAUUGCGCCUCUUCAACAAACAAGGCAUUAGCCAGAUCCUGUAGCUGGAACUCCACCCUGCACACUAACAGCACCAGCCACUGCUCCGAGUGACCGUCACCUCACCAUGGGAGCUCGCACAAUGGGCCACAAGAUCAGGAAGAAUGUCUCGGACUUUUUCUUUGAGUAUGACACCCCCCGGAUGGUACUGGUCCGGGACAUGAAAGUAGGACUGACGUUCCGACUCAUCCAGCUUGCGGUCCUGUGCUACAUUGUGGGAUGGGUGUUUCUGUAUGAAAAAGGGUACCAGGAUGUAGAUGACAUCAUCAGCUCUGUCUCCAUUAAAUUUAAAGGCAUAGCAGUUACCAAUAUUGAGAACAUUGGCACAGAAAUCUGGGAUGUUGCUGACUAUGUAUUUCCCCCACAGGGAGACAGUUCUUCUGUUGUGAUGACUAACUUCAUAAUUACUCCAGAACAACAAAUGGGAAACUGCAGUGAGCUUCCUGAUGUAGCACCUUGUGAAACUGAUGAUGACUGCAAAGCCUUAUCUCUCCGACUAAGUCAAGGAGAAAGCAAUGAGCCUGCAUUGUCUGAAUCAGGUAUCCUGACUGGAAAAUGCAUACCUUUCAACAAUGAAACUAAGUCUUGUGAAGUCUAUGCUUGGUGUCCUGUGGAAAAUGAUCAUGUUGUUCCUGAUCCUCCGUUACUGAGGCAGGCAGAAAACUUCACUUUAUUUAUCAAAAACAGUAUUAGUUUCCCCAAACAUAAAGUUAAUAGACAGAAUUUAAUUGAAUCACUAACCAGUGAUCAUCUAAAAACAUGUCUUUAUGAUAAAGAUAAUGAUCCUUUUUGCCCUGUUUUUCGACUUGGAUAUAUUGUGGAACAAACGGGAAAGAAGUUUAGUGACAUAGCACGAAAGGGAGGAUCAAUUAGCAUUGUAAUAGACUGGCACUGUGAUCUGGAUUGGCCAUUGAAACACUGUAAACCUACAUAUGACUUUCAUGGACUGCAUGAUGAGAAUUCUGUCUCGCAGGGCUUUAACUUCAGAUAUGCAAGAUAUUACAAAGAGGAUGGAAAAAAGAAAAGGACAUUAUACAAGGUGUUUGGUAUUCGUAUUGACAUCCUUGUGAAUGGAGAGGGAGGAAAAUUUGAUAUAAUUCCAACAAUGACAACAAUAGGUUCAGGAAUUGGUAUUUUUGGCGUGGCAACUGUCGUAUGUGACUUAAUGUUACUACAUGUGCUUCCAAAAAGAAAUUAUUACAAGGAAAAAAAAUUUAAGCAUACGAAAAGUAAUGAAAAUGAAACAUUGAAUAAAGUCGAAUCCUUGAACCAUAUAAAUAACACUCAACUGGAUAAUGGACAGGAGUCUGCAAUUUCAGUGCCAACAGUUCUGAGUUAACAGCCAAGGACAUGUUUUUGUCAACAGCACUUGAGAGGCAAAAUGGACGUCACUCAUCAAGUACUUCCUCUACUUCAUUUUUGGAAUCUAACCAUUGCAUUCCAUGCCCCAAGAACAGUUGAUGACAUAAUAUCAUAUUUGAAGGAUGCAAUGAAGAAAAAAAAAAUUAGAAAAGUUAUGUAAUACUGUCAUUACAAAAUGCCUACAUAGACAUGUUGUUCAGUGCAAUUAUACUAAUUUAAAAAUACAUAAAACUCCAGGCAGCAAAAUAAAAAAACAAUAAAAUUAAAACUCUUAUUUCAAUUUCUUAACAAUUGCACAUUCAUUAUAUUUUGUACUAAGCUAAACAGGUCUUUAACAAGCCUUAAUGUUUCUUAUGUGUUAUAUAAUCACAUAAGUAAUUGGAAGGGAGUAAAAUAAAAAGCUCAGUCCAUUCACUGGAGGUAAAGGAAAAAAGUGCGUCAUGUAGAUGUUCACUAGCAUAGAACCUGCACAGUUUUAUUUAUAUAUAUAUAUAUAUAUAUAUAUAUAUAUAUAAACUGCAGGUUUAUAUUUGCAAUGGUUGUAAAAAUAAAUGCUACUUGCAUUUCUGAGCAGUUCACAGCAGUGUAUUUUUUAUAAUAGAGCAGAUUUUUUAACCACUGGUGUGUGUACCUCUAUGGUUACCGCAGAUUGUAUUCUGUGUGACUAAAGGUACAGUGUGGGUCACUGAGAUCCAGCAAGCAGAUAUACCGACCUUGCAGGGUUAUUUACCAACAUUGCAUUUACCAAUCACACAUUUGCAUUCAUUAUCUAUCAUUCACUAUUUUUAGUGUCAAUUUGAGAAUAAAUAUAGUGUUACUGAUUUUCCUGUUUAUUCUAUUGAGGGUAGUAUAGAAGGAUGCCCUAGUCUCCUCUGCAUGUUCCAUUACCUGUGAAAAGAAGAGUAUCCUAGGGGGAAGCAGUUAGGUUUCCGACAGACGGGAUCCUGGCAGUCGAUAUACCGACGCUGAGAUCACGAAGUAUGAUGCAAUGCCAGCGUGUAAAUGCCGAUGCAACUCGGGAUGCCGACAUCACAUUACCGACAGCCAGCAUCCCGUUCGUCCUCACAGUGCUACCGCACGGAGGGGGGGUAAGUUUAGGUUUAGGCAGGAGAAGGGGGGUUAGGGUUAGGGAUCAAAGCCGGGAAGGUUAGGGUUAGGGACCGGGGAGGGUGGGUAAGGCACUUAACAGGGGAGGUUAGGGUUAGGCAUCAAACGGGGAUGGUUAGGUUUAGGCAGCGGGGAACGGAUGGUUAGGGUUAGGCACCACCGGAGAGGGUUAGGGUUAGGCACCCACAAGGGAGGGUUAGGGUAGGGGGCAGAGGAGGGUUAGGGGGCUUCCUGGUGGCCUGUCGGGAUUCUGAUGGACGUUAUGCUGCUGUCGGUAUACUGACAGCCGGCAUCCCGUCCAUCGGCAAAUCAUACUGAACCCAUCCUAGGGGAUCUUACACCCCCCAGACAGCCCUCAUCUGUAGGUUAGAGCAACUUGCUGCGUAUUACACUGGAGCCACUCACACCCUCAGUAUGAUAUACUUUACUCCUCACAGUUGUGACUAUUUUUUACAUUUAUUCCUUACGGGUUUUUUAUUGUGAAUGUUGAAAUCACUAUUUUUCACUAUGAGCAUUUACGGAUUUUAUACUGUUGUCAAACCAUUUCCCCAUUAGGAAGAUAAAUAUUGUUUUAAGUUGUGACACUUUGUACAGAAAGCUAUAUUGAAAGCAUUUUGUUUACAGUUUUUCCAAUAUUUUCAUGUAAGUUAUUUUAUAAUACAGAAACAAAUAAAUCUGAUUUAAUUAAACCAGAAACAA